AUGGGAGAAGUGACAGGUCAUGGUCAUUACAAAGCAACAUGUAAUUUUUGUAAAAGAGUUUGGAAUUGUGGAAAACCCAAAAGAAUGGCUGCUCAUCUAUCUAAUAAUUGUCUACAAGUUCCUCAUGACAUUCGUAACACAAUUUUAAAUGCUUUUUUAAAAGAAUAUGGAUCUUCACCUCUUGAUGAAAGUAGUAAUGAUGAUGAUUAUGACAAUGACAGAAAUCAGGAUAAAAGUGAAAAUGAUGUUAGGAGUUGGAUAAAUGCUGCAUAUAAUACACUAGAAGAAGAAGAAGAUGAUGAAAAUAAUGAUUCAAUUCUAGAAUUACUUCCCGAAAAUAAUGAUGAUUCUGAACCUAGUGAUGACAUUGAAUUAGAGUUGGAAAGAAUUCUCUCACUAAAUGAAGUAUUUGUUGUUAUAAACAAUAAUGAUUAUGUUACAGCAAAUCAAGAGGAGAAUACAAACAGUGAAGCAACUGAAGAAAUAGAAGAUUACGACCCAGCACAAUUAGCUUCUAAUUAUCUAAGUGAUUUAGAAUAA